AUGGAAACGCCACAUCAACAGCAGCAAUCUAGUAUUCAGGAUCAAAAGAACACGUUUGCAGCAUCGGAGAACAUUGAGCCAUGCACGAACACAAAGUGCAUGUUUGUGGGAUGCACUUGUGGUAGACGCUGCGGAUGCAACAGAGGUUGUGCCAAUCCAAAUUGCACCUGUGGCUCCUGUACGUGUGGUGCUUCUUGUGACUGCAACGGCGGCAACACUGUUCCCGAAAAGGCCAUGGACCAAUCCUGUGAUCCUUGCAAAGACUUCAAAGCCAAAAAGAAGGCGGCAGCAUCGCCACAACAAGAAGAAACAUAA